AUGUUCGAAUGCAAUGCGUGUACUCUACGCGCCAUCAGAGCCAUUGCGGGUGAAGUUGCUGUUGCUGGACGCCCUCGCCCUCUCAUCCUUACGCCACACUUGACUACGCGAAAGGCUUCCACAGCGACCCAGUCCACCAUUCCUUCUGAGGGUGGUGGCGAAGCAUAUCUCAAUGCUGCACAGCGACGGCAUCUCGAGAGACAAGAGCAAAGUAGCCAGCCAAAGUCAAUAGUCCGCCGCUUCGACACCCGCAACAACGAUGAAGAAGCCGCGAUUGCAGAGAAACGAAUCGCCGUGACAUCCAGCCGCCACAUCCGCAAAGAAUUGGAAUGGCUUAAGGAUCCAGCCAAGCUUGCCGAGCAUGUGCACUACACCUUGCGUUGCAAUGAGCCCGAGAAGGCAAUGGAGCUGUGUCGGACGGCGAGCAAGGACAUGCAAUGCGUGGUGAGCUGGAAUCACAUGGUGGACUGGAACAUGAAGCAAGGCAGGAUUCAGGACGGCUUGAAGGUCUACAAUGAGAUGAAGAAGCGAGCGCAGUUUCCAGACGGUCACACGUACACCUUACUGCUACGAGGACUGGUCGGAUUGCAAGGCAAGGACAAGAAGGAGAAAGUGCCAGAAGAGCAUGUCAGCCGAGCUGUCAGCAUAUACCAGUCCAUGAGUAGUCCCACGAGUCGCGUCAAGCCGAGUAUCAUUCAUACGAAUGCUGUCUUGAAGGUUUGUGCGUUCGGUCGAGAUAUGGAUGCGUUAUGGGCUAUCGCGUCGAAAUUGCCAGAAGUUGGUGGUGGUGCAGCGGACCACAUUACGUAUUCCAUCAUAUUCAACGCUUUGAGAUAUGAAGUCCUGAGUCUCAAGACCGAGGAUCGUCACGCUGAGCGAAUAGCGCAAGCCGGCAGUUCUGUCAACGCAGGCAGGAAAGUGUGGAUGGAUGUAGUACAGAAAUGGCGAAGUGGGCAGAUCAAGGUUGAUGAGGAGCUCGUGUGUGCCAUGGCUAGGCUAUUACUUCUCAGUGGGAGGAUCAACGAUCAUGACGAUGUCUUGAACUUGGUGCAACAGACAAUGGAGAUAGAACGACAAAUCGACCCAAUCGAUUCGGCAGAACGUCAUAUUGGACACGUGCCGCAAAUCGAGGUCCCUCAAGACGCAGUCACUGCUGAGACGAACGACGUAGACGCGCCAAUCGUGUCGGUAGAGUCUUCUACGCAUGAGCAUGCCAAAGAUCCCACCGACAGACCAGACGCAAAGGCCUACAAGACAGUCAAACCAUUGCCCAAGGACCCGAGCAAGCCCAAACAGCCAGUGCUUCUACCCUACACCAAACCAGGAAAUGACACACUCAGCGUGCUUCUUGACGCUUGCUCGCAGAUGCGUGUACCAAAGGCUGCGUCCGCGUAUUGGAAACUGCUCACGUCCGACAUCUAUGGCCUACAACCCGACCUUCAUAACUUCCACGCCUACCUGCGAUUCUUGAUGACAAACCGAAGUUCUGGACAUGCUGCAGAAGUGGUACUACACGACCUACCCAAGGCCGGAAUAUCAAGGCCGAUGAACUUGACCUUCCGACUUGCCAUGGACGCCUGCGUACGUGACUCGAAGAACAUGCAUGUCCUGGAGAACGCGACAAAGAUCGUAGAUGCGAUGGAGAAAGCAUUGGCAGAUCCAGACGUGGUCACAUUGAAGAAGUACCUCUCGCUCGCUCUGAAUUCGGACAGUGGCCCAAAAGUCGUGGCGGCCAUCGAUCGGCUUGAUCCAUUGAUCCAUAAUUUGCGGAGCCGACUGACUUACGGUCCAGCAAGCGGAGGUCAAAGUCGGGAGAUAGACCUCAAAGCCAAGACGGAAAUACUAGACUUCUUCCGAGCGGUGGUUGGAGCUGUCGAUACGUGUAUGAACCGCGGGCUCGUACCGAGGGAGGAUUACGGCCAUUGGCAUUCUCGCCGGUCGCAGCUGAAAAAUUUUAUAGGUGGGAGUACGAAGAGUGUGGAAAGGUCGGUGAUCAAGCUUGAGAGGGCGGGUAGGCUGAGGGAAGGUCAGAUUAAGCGAUUUGAGAAUGGGAGGAUGCAAUUUAGGCUCGGCGAGGGCAAGGAGAGGACGGGACCGAGGAGGGUUAGGGACGAAGAGGACAGGGCUGGAUACUUGCCUGAGGCUCUCAAGGGGUUCAGGAAUAGGGGUGGGCCUAGGAAUGUGAUGAGGAAGGGGGAGGAACCGGGCAGGCAUACGUUUGCAGAUUCACCGGCAGAUUUUGGGAUGUGA